AUGCCGUGGCUCGAGGCCUGCCUGACGUCGGAGCGCGCCGACGCUUUCCCCUCCGCCCCUGCGAGCCGGGCGGGCGAUCCAAACGCGGCCGUUCUUUGCCCGUCCUUCGAACAAACAUUCCUCCCGGGGGAUUUCAUCAACGACUCGGCGCAUGGCCCGGAGGAUUCGCCCGAAGCCGACGAUGCCGACCGAUUCCGCCGCGCCAUGGCGCGGCAUAUCGUCGUGGAUGACUUUGUGUUGUUCCGGCUCUGGUGCUCUGUCCGGCGCACCGCGCGGGAUGAGGGGCGAUCGCGCCCCCACGCCGGUGAAAAGGGGGAUGUAUCUUCGCCCGCCAACCCGCCAAGCCAUCCCGAACAACUGCGCCGCCUUAUUCGGCGGAUACUAAUUCAGCGCUACCACACCAGUCGGCGAACGCAAGGAGGGGUUGGAUUGCUCACGCACGCUACGGUGUUGCAAAGUAUCGGAAAGGAUUAA